CAUUGUGAAGCUGGAGUUGAGAGUUACCAGGCUAACCUAGAGAAAGAAAGCUAACGAAUCGUGAGAGUAGAAGUAGAGCUAACGUUAAAGGAAAAGACAACUGUCAAAACAGCAAGGAGAAUAGAAAUUUUGGAGGACUGAUAAUUCUCGUAAAUGAUUACAUAAUUGGUUAUAGCUAGUUGGUUGAAGACCGUGCUUAUUAUAUGCCUGUGUGGAGCAUUUUGGAUACUACUACAUCGAUUGUCCCAUUUCCAAACGGAAACCAUUUCUGGACUGAUAGUUCGUGCUAAGUAGCCUAGCCAAGUGAAUAACCCAGGAGACUGUUUGUCACCUAAAAAAUCAUACUGAAUGUUUUGUCUGUCAUGAGUCCGGCCGGGUGCUCCCAUGUGAACGGUUAUAAGGUGGAUAAUUGGAAACAAAAUCUUCGAGUCAUAUACCAAUGCUUUGUUUGGAGUGGUACUGCUGAGACCAGGAGACGCAAGGUGCUUCAGAGUGAUGCAGGCUGGACAGAGCUGGCCAAGUCGUGCAUCUGUCACAUGUGUGGCGCCCACCUGAACCGACUCCACUCUUGUCUUUACUGUGUCUUUUUUGGCUGUUUUACAAAGAAACACAUCCACGAACACGCAAAAAACAAAAGACACAAUCUAGCUAUAGACUUAUUAUACGGUGGGAUAUAUUGUUUUGUGUGUCAAGAUUACAUAUACGACAAAGACAUGGAACAGAUUGCCAAAGAGGAACAGAGGAAAGCCUGGAAACUGCAAGGCAUCGGUGAGAAAUACACAACAUGGGAGCCGACCAAGAGGGAGCUAGAAUUAUUACGACACAAUCCAAAGAGAAGGAAAAUCACUACAAACUGUACCAUAGGUUUACGAGGGCUAAUAAACCUGGGCAACACAUGUUUCAUGAACUGUAUUGUUCAGGCGCUAACACACACACCGCUGCUGCGAGACUUUUUUCUCUCUGACAGACACAAGUGCGAGAUGCAAUCAAACUCCUGUCUGGUGUGUGAGAUGUCGCAGCUCUUUCAGGAGUUCUACUCGGGCCACCGUUCACCUCACAUUCCCUUCCGGCUGCUCCACCUUGUGUGGACUCAUGCACGUCACCUCGCAGGCUACGAGCAGCAAGAUGCCCAUGAAUUCCUUAUCGCAGCACUCGAUGUGCUACAUCGGCACUGCAAAGGAGACACCAUCAGAGACGACAAUGGGAAAAAGACCAACAAUCCAAAUCACUGUAAUUGCAUCAUAGACCAAAUCUUCACUGGGGGCCUACAGUCAGAUGUUACCUGUCAAGUUUGCCAUGGCGUUUCCACAACGAUAGACCCAUUUUGGGACAUCAGUCUGGAUUUGCCAGGCUCAUCUACGCCUUUCUGGCCCCUGAGCCCCGGAGGGGAUGGCAGCACAGUAAAUGGCGAGAGCCACCUGUCAGGAUCAACCACACUCACAGACUGCCUGCGCAGAUUUACACGUCCUGAGCAUCUCGGAAGCAGUGCCAAAAUUAAGUGUGGUGGUUGCCAUAGUUACCAGGAGUCCACCAAACAGCUGACAAUGAAGAAGCUCCCCAUCGUAGCGUGUUUCCAUCUCAAACGGUUUGAGCACUCUGCUAAACUGCGGAGGAAGAUUACGACGUACGUUUCCUUUCCUCUAGAGUUGGACAUGACACCCUUCAUGGCGUCCAGUAAAGAGAGCAGAAUGAAUGGGCAGUAUCAACAGUCAGUUGAAGUAUUAAACAAUGACAAUAAGUAUUCUUUGUUUGCUGUUGUCAACCACCAGGGCACGUUAGAGAGCGGCCACUACACCAGCUUCAUCCGUCAACACAAAGACCAGUGGUUCAAAUGUGAUGACGCCAUCAUCACCAAGGCCAGCAUUAAGGAUGUACUUGAUAGCGAAGGGUAUCUCUUAUUCUAUCAUAAACAGUUCCUAGAGUAUGAGUAGUUUCUGUGACCACCGAGCAUGAAGAGCCACUUCUUCAGAGGAGGGAGUCAAAAGACUGGGGGACAGGAUGAAGUGCAAGCACACAAACCUACCUGAAAUUUUUUUUUUGACUAGCAGUCUGCUCCUCCAGCUAAGCAGGACAAACAGACAUGCAAAAUCAUGCAAAAGAAAAUGACAAACAAACAAACAAACAAACAAAAAAAAAAACAAAAGCACUGAGCUACUUCUUGGCAUCAACUUGACAAAACCGAACUAAGAGGAGAGCUGGUGGAGGAGUCGGGCAUCGUCACCUUAGUCUUGGGCAGAGGGAAAAGUCCCCCCUACACACACACACACACACACACACACACACACACACACACACACACACACUUACUUACCCUUCAACUUCUGUCACUUCCUGUUUCUGCUGCAGUGGCACCGUUCAGACACAUCUGGAUUUUUCUUACAGUAUUCUAACCCCCACCCCAAAACACCUUAACAGCUCUCUGCCAUGGUGCUCGCAUUUCAUCUGACCAAGCAUUUAACUCACUGGUGAUGGAGAACAGUUCGUCAUCAUAUGCAUAAAGGACCGAUUGCAAAAAAAAUAAAAAAAAAAGUUAAAAAAGCGGAAAAAAAUUCUAUAUAAAUCAAUGUAUUAUGAACGUUGCAAGGACAUUUUAAAGGUAUGGUUAUGAUACGUAUCAUUUGUGAAAUUAGCUAUGAAAUACUGUAUGAAUCUAGUAAACAUCUAUUUUUAAAGAGCAAUGAAAACACGGGAGAGCUCAGCGACGCUGCUGCUGAAGCGCUGCCAUGGAAACUAAACAGAUUUGGACCUGAGCGUUCUCAUGUUCAUUUAUUUACUGUGUUGAUUAUUUUCUUUUUUUUAAAGUCUGGUUGAGGGCAGGGAAUAUCUAUUUUUUUAGCAACUUUUUUUUUUUUACUUUUUAUUUACUGUUUUCACUGUAUGUUUGUUUGUUUUUAGCCAUAUUAUACUUUCAUUCUUGUGGAAUCGUUGGUAUAAUGGCGGUGAUUCAUCGGCUCACUUUUAAUGUUUGGAAAUCAUUUGCUGAAUAUGAGCUUUGGGUUACAUGUGGCAUUCUCAAA